CGCUGACCUAAAGAAAACACUCUACUUACCGCAACACCAUCUGCAAAGAACAACAAGACAAUUUUAUAUUCUCAACCAUUAGAAUCAUGGGUAAAGGUCCUACAACAAACAAGCAUCACUGCCCGGGCGCGAAUGGCUGGGUCGGCGACGAGAGCCCUGGCAACUGCACCCCGAGUAUUGGCAGACUGAUAUACUGCACAAAGCACCAGAUGCCGUGCCGUCAGGGAUGUCCAGGCAAGAAACAUCUCAAGAACCAGCCAGGCUGUUUAUCGUGCAAGGCGAAAUGGCAGGAGGAGGCUAAACAGAAGAGGAAAGCAAAGGAAAAGUCGAAAGAGAAUGAGAAAGGUAAAGAACUCGAAGAUUUCUUGGAUCGAGGUAAAGAGAAGAAGAAGAAGAAGAAGUAGGUCCAUGCAUGCUUAGCAUGAACCCGAAGGGUGGUCUAGAGAAAGGGGGAGGUUCAAGAGACGUUCCGUUACAAAAAACGAAUAAGAAGAUUUGGGUUGAUGUGUUCGCUGGAUAUCUUAUGCUACUCUCGAUGUAAUGCGAUCGAUACACUGUAUGGACUAGUUUAAUCAAAAUCUUCAGCCACUAGAGCUAGAUUCGACUUUGGCUGGGUUGUUGUUGUGAUGACCA